AUGGCAGCCGAGCUCCCUCACCCCCGCAGAGUCGUUACCGGCCACGACAACGCCAACAAAGCCAUCUUUGUCGAGGAUAGCGUUGUCAAGGCCGUUCCCGUCGCCGACACGAUUAAUUUUGCCGUGCUGUACGAGACACACGAGUUCCCUGCCGACAAUGGCGAGUGGAAGGACCCUGUCAAAAACCGCACCGAGAGCCUGGCCAACAAGGACGGCGUGCUCUUUCAUCGCACGGAAUCUCUCGAUUUCGGCAUCAUUACUAAGGGCGAAAUUGUCUGCUGUCUCGAUGAUGGUGUGGAAAAGACGCUCCGCGCGGGCGAUGUCUGCGUGCAGCGCGGCACCAUACACAGCUGGCAGAACAGAACUGACGAGACGUGUCGCGUGACCUUUGUGCUUGUUGCGGCCAAGACUAUUAGCAAGGACCUAGAUACGACGGGCUUUGUGGCCGAAGAAAUGGCGACUGGAGGAGAGGAACGGUAG